CAAUUAUCUCCAUUUAUGAAAAGCUUCACUUCUGAACAACCUCUAACUAAUUCUAAAAAAAUGCCAUUUCCUUUCGAUUUUGGAAAUUAAAGUACAACUAGAGUACAUAAAAAGAUAAUUAGUUUUAGAAAUAAAAAAAACUUCCAUUUCAAUUAAACUCAUUGAAUACUGAAGAGUGCGAUAGUGAUACAUACAGAAGUCAAUCGGCCUUUAAAAAAUUAAAAAAUCUUGAAUUUUAAAAUGACUUAUUUAUGAUGGAAAUGUAACAUGCAUAGAAAAGAAAAGAAGUUGAAUCCAAUCGAUUGAAGUUUCAUUUAUCUUCAAUAAAAUCAGAUAUUGAUUUUAUGAAAAGCUAAUUAUAAUCUCCAGUAACAUAGACAAAAGAAAAAAACUAACGUUCUGAAUCUAUUGAUAGUGAAUAAUCAUCAGAUAGAAGCAGCAGUAGCAGUAGUGAUAAAAGCUUUGUGAAAUAUCCAAUUAAGUUUUAACAUUAUAAACCAAAAUAAAAGGAAUAGAAUAAGGUAGAUAGGUAUGAAAUAUAUAUGAUGAUAGUUAUGAAAGUAUAGAGAACAGAUUUAAAAAAUUGUUUUAUAUAAGUGAUAUGAAUGAGAAAUUGAAUUGGAUGAUAAAAUAACACUUUAAUUCAUUCCAUUCAAUUUAAUUGGAUUUAUAAAAUAAUUUAUUGCCAUUAUUAUUAGAUAAUACUUUGAAAUUGUUGAUUGAGUUAAUCGAAAAAUUGAAUUCAAUUAAAUUAGAUACAUUAUCUUUUAAAUCAUAUGAUCCUAUUCAAAAUUGUGAAAAAAAUAGGAAAAGAUAUUCAAGUGAUUUAGAUGUUGAAGCAAUUAAUUAAGAUUAUCAAUAUUAAGGAAAUUAAACUAUGACAGAUUAUUGUUAAAAAUUUACUGAAUAACCUUAAAAUAAUUAAUUUUCAACUCCAUAAUAUAAAUAAUAAAAACCAGAUUAAUAAUAAUCAGCUAAAGAAUUAUCAAAUAUGAUGAAAUUAAAACCAGAGUCGAAUUAAACAAGUAAUAAUCAAACUUUGGAUAAGAAAGUUAGUAUAAGUGAGAGAAGUUAAAAAAAAACAAGUAAUUUUAUAAAGAUUUUAUUAGCUUCAAAGUGUUAAUUGAUGCCUAGUUUAAAGAAUAGACAAAAAUGAAGAAUGU